GAAGAUUUUGGAUGUCGUGCAUUGAAUUCACCUGUUUAUGGCCGCCGCCUGUGAAUUUCUAGAGUAGUAUAAUUCCUUAUUUUUUUACGUGUGAAUACUCAGAGAAUAUAGACUUUCUAUCAUAUAGGUUUGAUGAAACCUUAGAAAUUAAAAUGGAAUAUAAAGCGAAGAAACGGGUACGGGAGGUAAAACGAAAAGCCAGACCAGAGCUCAACGAUAAAGGAUCAUGGACCCAAUUAGGAUACUCUUCCAAAUUUGAUACUUUCAAAUCCGUUAACGACAAUGUGGAAAGAAUACACGUUAACAAAGUAAGCACAACUGAGUUUAUAGAGAAAUUUGAAAAGCCCUACAAACCUGUCGUAAUAGUUGGCUGUCAAGAUAAUUGGAAAGCAACGCAUAAAUGGACUUUAGAUAGGCUAGGUAAAAAGUAUCGCAAUCAGAAGUUCAAGUGCGGCGAAGACAAUCAAGGCUACAGUGUAAAAAUGAAAAUGAAGUAUUUUAUAGAUUACAUGAUGACCACUGAAGAUGACAGCCCGCUCUAUAUAUUCGACAGUAGCUUUGGAGAGCACAUACGUCGGAAAAAACUGCUAGAAGACUACAAUGUUCCUGUCUACUUCAGAGAUGAUUUAUUCCAGUACGCUGGUGAAGAGCGGCGACCGCCCUACAGGUGGUUUGUGAUGGGACCGGCCAGGUCGGGCACUGGCAUCCACAUCGAUCCCCUAGGAACCAGUGCCUGGAAUGCGCUCAUCUCCGGACACAAAAGAUGGUGUUUGUUUCCUACACAUACUCCCAAAGAGAUAAUCAAGGUGUCUUCUGCUGACGGUGGCAAGCAGAGGGAUGAAGCCAUCACUUGGUUCAACGUCAUCUACCCUCGCACUCAGCUUCCUUCCUGGCCUCAAGACUGUAAGCCGGUGGAAAUACUGCAAAAGCCUGGCGAAACAGUGUUCGUGCCCGGCGGUUGGUGGCAUGUGGUUCUCAACUUGGAUGAGACGGUGGCUGUCACUCAGAACUUCUGCAGUCGUACCAACUUCCCGGUCGUGUGGCACAAAACAGUGCGCGGCCGACCCAAGCUGUCUCGCAAAUGGCUGCGUCGUUUGAAAACGAAAGUGCCAGACCUAGCCAGUGUGGCCGAACAAGUUGACAUGAGCCAGUCGACCGGCGUGGCAAGUGACAGCUCCACUUGCUCGAGCUCCAGCUCCAGUGAGUCCAGUGACACUUCCCUCUCCCAAAGUGAUUCUGACAGUGGACAAGAAUCUCUGUCUGCUCAUAAAAAACGUCGAAAGUUAUCGAAUUCUCCAAAGUACGCAUCGUAACACUGUGAUACAACGAGCAAUAUUGAUCUGGAAUAAUGGUCAGUCUUGAAUAAUUAUCUUCUACCAAAGAGGAGUUACCUAUGAUCUAUAAAUCGUCGCAACGGUUGAGGUAUGUCAUGUGUUACACAAUUAAUCGAAUUUAAUGAUAAUAUAAUGAAUUAAUUAUAAUUCUAGUUGCUAUCAAGGCACUAUUUCAAGAAGCAAAUCUUCAUUGAAAGUGAACAAUAGAUUCGGUCGUUUGUAAGUCAUGUCUAUAUGAAGUAUUCAAAUGUCUUGUGAAAUCACAAUUAUAAUACCUAUCUAACUAAUUCAAAUUGUGAGACAUGAGUAUUUUAACUUGAUAAUUGCGAGGAAAUUAUCAGCCUGUAAUGUACAAGAUUUGAACGAAAAAUCGGAAUUACAGUAAUUAAAUUAAAUCAGGGUCUUUUACCGAUUAUGAGACCAAUUUUAAUAGCUGUAAAUACUGUACUUGAAUAUUAAUAUACUACAGUAUUUUCUCCUUUAAUAGUUUUAUAAUUAAAUUGUUUGAUGUAAGUUACGGUUGGUAUAUUGUAAUAUCAUUUAACGAAAAUCCUCUUAGCACUAUUAAAAUUCGUUCCAUUUUAGUUUUAUAAUGACUUUAUUCUUAGUCUAAUGACUUUAUAUAUUAAGUCCAUAUAUUAUAAGAACUUAUAUUUCUUGGAAAUGAUUAAGAGUUUUAUUAUAUCUUUAUUAGGCUGCAAAAUACUUGAAAAAUAAAAUAAAUACUUUACUUAAUAAAAACUUAACUAAAGAAAAUAAAUAAUCCCACUAGCUAACACUCCAUUAUUAGUUUCCUCCAGUAUUCAUGGAUAGCAAAUCUUUCUGACAAUUUCAAUUUGGUUUAGAUUAUUAUUCGGCUCUCCUUAACAAAACUCCAUUAAUUACUUUUCUUCGAGAAACUUCUCUUUAAUUUUACUUUUUUAUAUAAUUGGACAAAUAGACCCAUAUUCAUAAGAAAUAUUAUUGUUUAAAAUAAUGUAUUUAAACAUUGAAUAAUUCUAAGAGAUUUGUUGUUUCUACUCAACACAAUACUUUCAACUACUAACUCCCUUAUUAUUUUGGAAUACCAUUAGUAGGUCACAGAUCGUCUUUUUCUUAUUGAUUCUAUGAUAAUUAUAUUUUGAAACUUGAUUUUCACAAGGACUCACAUUCAUUUGAAUUAUUUUGGAUAAAUAGUGUAAAUGUACUAUACAUUAUUCAUUGUAGUUGAUUUAAAGUAUAUUUUCUAAAAAAUAAAUAUUAAGUUGGGAAUAUACAACUUGAAUGUUAAUGAAAGGCAAGUGACCAUUACAAGAUAGUAUGUUUACAAUUUUAACCAUAUUUUUUCAAAAUCAUUUUAUAAUUUCCCGGAAUUGUUGAUAUUUUCAAUAUUGUAAUUUUCUUUAUUAUUUACUCAUUUUUCUCAUAUCCCAUUAGCAGGUUUAUCAUGAAUCUACUCUGCUCCGGUGAAUAGAUCUUCGCCAUAUUUGAAUAUGAUUGAAACAUAGUAUCUAUUUCAAUAAAUAUUAUUAGAAUAUCCCGGAGGCCUUCGAGUAUAGUUUUUGCUCCUAGAGCUUAAACAAACAUCAACACAAAAUUAACAUUUCCUACCUUGAUAGUAAUCUUUAAUAAAUUGAAUUUUCUUUCAAGACCUAAAAAAUGCUAAUAUAUUUUAUUAACAAUAAAAAAAUCAUUCCUAUCUUAACUAUUUGAAACUUAUUUAAUAGCAAUACCACUUCCUCAAGUUUUCAAAUUUCCCUCAAUAGAUUCCUAUAUCUGAUAGAGAGUCUGAGUCUGAUAAAAAAAACUUAUUUAAUAGCAAUACCACUUCCUCAAGUUUUCAAAUUUCCCUCAAUAGAUUCCUAUAUCUGAUAGAGAGUCUGAGUCUGAUAGCUUGAUAAAGGGGUUUCAAUUAGCCUGUUUUUGGACUUGCGAAAGUAGCUGUUAUUAUUUUAUACCUUUUUUGUACUUUAAUUCAAAUUAAUUUGAGGAUCAGCGCACAUUAUUUAUGUUUGCUUGGAAGUUCAUGCUAUUUUUUCAAGAUUAGUCCUAAGUGUGUUAUCCAUUCAUCACUUAUUUUUAAACUAUCCAAUGUCAAACAACCUUUUGAUGUAGUAUUUUUUAGAUCAUAAUGAGAGGGAUUUUGGUUCAUAAAUUAUAACUAAUCAUGUAUAAGAUACUAGUAUAAUCAUAUUUGAGGAAUUCCAAAUAAAGUAACCAGUAGCAAUUGAAGUAUAUUGUGUUUGUUGUAAGUAUAGUAUUAUAUUAUGUGAUUUUGACUGAAUCUCCUCUUUGAACCACCAAUUUUCAAUUCAUGUUUUAUUUUUCAUAUAAAACGGGAAAUCUUAUUCAAUUGAAAGAGCCACUUAUGGAAGCGGAAAAAUUACAGGUUGGUUUGCAAAUCUUGAAUGAAAAAAUUUAUUGCCCUAUAAAGGAGUCUGAAGGUGCGUACAGUCUUAACCGCCACGAACACGUGCAUUUCGCACGAGAAACGAAAAGCGCUUGUUCGUGGCGAUUGAGUCUGUACGCAGCUUUCUAAACCGUUAUUGAAUAAAGAUUAGACCUAAAUUUGAUUACCGCAGCAGAGCAUCAUUUCUUUCAUAACUUUCAAGAAAAUCUUCAUCUUGUCAAAUUGUCAAAAAUUUAUCUGGAAAACAAUGUGUCUUGGAAUUUUUGAUUGAAGUAAUUUAAUCCUUGGCUCAUGAUUGCUUUUGCAUUACAACCAACAGUUGUACUUAUUGAGUUUCUUUUUUCCUUGUUUAAUAGAUUUCAAUUUCUUACUUCGUUUGUUUGCCAGGGCGUAUUCAACAGAUUUUUUUGUAAUUCAUGAUUUUACCUGCUAAGGAUUCUUUGACAUAGAAGUUGGUUAAUUCAUAACUAAUCUAAUUCUUAUCAAAUUCAACGCAAAAUAACUAAAAUCCAAUGAACUUAAUUGUAGAGUACAGUAAUAAUUAACAAUGAGGGGUAAACCAAAGUAGUUCAUUUUUUAUAGGGUAUUAUCAUAUUAUCUUGAGGAUAUGGACUCUUUUUGAGAAGUAAUUAAUUCCCUUGUGGAAAAUUUCUUACGUGACUGCAUUGUAAAAUACAGGGUUGAGAAUGUUAUGUACUGGAUAGCAGAUG